UUUCCAAACAAAGCACAAAAACUCUCGUGAAGUUGGUGACCACCAUCAUCUCGCUUUCUUCUUCUGGUUCUUCUCCAUUCCUCGUGAACCCUCUCCUCCUCCUCCUCCCAAAAAUCUCUCCUUUGAUCAAAAACUCCCCACAAAACAUGAACUCCCAUCUGCAUUCGAGCGACGACAUCAUCAAAGAGAUAACAAGACUUCACUGCUCUCUUCUCCCCCAACCUCCAAUCGACGAAGUGGAAGCCGCCAUGGCCAUCAUCGGCGACGUCGACGGAGAAGAAAGGUCGAGACUUGAAGCCAUUUCGAAGCAGAGCCGGGAUUCUGAUGUUCCAGAAGAGCUCUUCUUCGUUUUUCAGGAGAUGCAGAGGAGUUUGGUGAGGUUUCAGUGCAAGGCUCAGAGGAAGGAAGCCAUGAAGCUGUUGGAUCUGGAGAGCGUACAUCAGGUGUUUGAUGAUUUGAUUCAGAGAGCUUCCAAGUGUAUUCCCCUGCUGAGAUCAAAUGGCGCUAGUUUUGGUGGUGGUGGAGGGGAUGGAGUUGAGGAGAGUAAGGGUGAUUGCUUUGUGAAAAAAGGAAGGCAGGAAAUUGUUGCGUUAGGUGAGUUUCAAGCUUUUCUUUUUAGGGAUAAUUGCAUGCAGGCAGUUGAUGAGCAUGAGAAACUAAGCUUAAUCAAACUGGCAAGCCUGAUUGAACUUGCUUUGAAGAAAGGUACCAGAGAACUGAAUCUUCAGAACAGGCUGAUGGAUGAUGUGGACUGGCUGCCAAGCUCAAUAGGAAAGCUCUCAUUUCUUACCAUUUUGAAUCUCUCUGAAAACAGCAUACAUUCCAUUCCAACCUCAGUCGGAUCCCUUUCCUUGCUACGAACUCUCGACGUUCGAGCAAAUCAGAUAACCGAGCUCCCCAAGUCCAUCGGCGACCUCCUCAGCCUAUGCCACCUGAACCUGAGAGGCAACCAGCUCACUUCCCUUCCCCCCACCAUUGGAAAACUAGUAAAUUUAGCAGAACUUGAUCUCAGCUCCAAUAGGCUCUCCUUUCUCCCAGAUUCAGUUGGUCAUCUCAUCAACUUAAAGAAGCUAAACAUGGAGGCAAACAACAUUGAGGAGCUCCCUCACACAAUUGGCAACUGCAACUCACUCGCAGAGCUUCGGGCUGACUACAAUUGCCUCAAAUGCCUUCCUGAAGCAAUUGGAAGGCUUUCGUCUCUCGAAAUCCUUUCGGUGAGAUAUAACAACAUCAAGGGCUUUCCCACCACGAUAGCUUCACUCUCAAAGCUUAAGGAGGUCGAUGCCAGCUUCAACGAGCUCGAAUCCAUCCCAGAGAGUUUGUGCCUUGUGACAACACUUGUGAGGCUGAAUGUAUCCAAUAACUUUGCUGAUCUCCAGUUGUUGCCGAGGGCCAUUGGCAACCUUGAGGUGUUGGAGGAAUUGGAUAUUAGUAACAAUCAGAUCAAAGUGCUGCCGGAUUCGUUCGGAAUGUUGACGCAGCUGUGCGUGCUUCAAAUGGAAGAGAAUCCUUUAGAGGUUCCUCCCAGGCAUGUUGCCAAUAUGGGAGCACAGGCUGUGGUGCAUUACAUGGCUGAAAUGGCUGGAAGGAAGGCAGUAAAGUCUCAGGCAGCAAAGCUCAAGAAGACAUGCUCUAAAUUCAGCUCCUUUUCAAACUCUAGAAGAAAGAAGCAUCAUCAACAUCAUAUUGGGAAGUUCUAAUUUAUAUAUUAAAAAAAAUACAAAGGGAUCUAAGAUUAACACACUGUAGCACAUUAUACCCUCUAGAGAGCAAUAUCAUAUGGAAGAGUUGCAGUGUCAACCUGUACAGAAAUCAUG